CAAAGUUUGCAGUUUUCUCGGCGCCGUGCGAUGCGCUCAAAACCUUCUUAGAAUAAUCAGUGGAACGGAAACGGAUAUAAAACGGUUAAAUACUUUAGAUUUGUGAUUUGAAAGUGAACUCUUACUGAGUUGUUGUGUUGUAAAAAUAGUAAAUUUGUGUACUUUAGUUUUACUAUUGUUGUUGUUAAAUAGUUAUACUUUUUUAAUAAUUGUUGGUCGUAGAAAAUACUUGAACGGUUUAAACAAAUAAUUAAGUGUGUUAAAGGCGGAUAAUAUUAUUAAAUUUGCAGUUAAUAAGAUGUUAAUGAUGUGAAAUAUCAGCCAGCGCAACGAGCAAACAUUGCAAAUAUUAAAGGUUCAAGAGGAGCAGAGAAACAUACAUACAUAUAUACUUAUGUAGUAGAGGAAGCGUGCGAAUAUUAUUGUUAUUACUACGAGCGUCUGUAGUAAUCGCCAACACAACAUAUGCAUUCAUACUAUCGCUGCAACACGCCCAUUACGCACCACCCACACCAACUGUUUACAGCGCCCAUUUAAUGCUUUCUCAAACUGCCAACAAACAACAACACCAACACCACUAACAAAAACCACACACUCACUUUCGCUACACUCACUUUUUUUCAAGAAUAUCAUCAUCUGACUGACGCUUCAGUGGUUUAGCUACUUAUGAAGGCAUAACUUCGUUCGUAUUAUUAAGGAUCGAAUAUGGAUCGCAGUAAAAAUAAUAGUUUGGAAUUUGGUAAUAAUACAACAGGGUCGGCUACUGCUGCUGCCGCAAUGUCCGCGCCUUGGGCGAAUAAUAAGGAAUCGUCAGCGCAGCCCAACGACGAUGAUUCGCCGGAAGAUGAUGCUGAUACCGCUACGCCUGCCAAGGUCACCGAUCCGCUGGCGCCAAAACUAGCCAAUAAUGAGCGUGUACUUGUAGUCUCCGUUACCGAACGCAAUCGUGAAACUUGGAGUCAAAAGGCGGAAUUUUUAUUGGCCGUUAUCGGUUUUGCCGUCGAUUUGGGUAAUGUUUGGCGUUUUCCUUACAUUUGCUAUCAGAAUGGUGGCGGUGCUUUCUUGAUACCCUACUGUGUGAUGUUAAUAUUCGGCGGCCUACCACUCUUCUAUAUGGAAUUGGCAUUGGGACAAUUUCAUCGUUGUGGUUGCCUGAGUAUUUGGAAGCGCAUUUGUCCGGCAUUGAAAGGUGUCGGUUACGCCAUUUGCUUAAUUGAUGUUUACAUGGGCAUGUACUAUAAUACGAUAAUUGGCUGGGCCGUCUACUAUCUCUUCGCAUCGUUCACAUCAACGCUGCCAUGGACGUCUUGUAACAAUUCAUGGAACACCAACAGUUGUAUGCCAGUAACGAAUGAAAAUUUCACAGAAAAGGCGACUACACCAGCCAAGGAGUUCUUCGAACGCAUGGUGCUUGAGCAAUACAAAUCGGAUGGCCUCAACUAUAUGGGUCCCAUUAAACCCACGCUGGCGCUGUGUGUCUUCGGCGUAUUUAUUUUGGUAUACUUCUCGCUGUGGAAAGGUGUGCGUAGCGCCGGCAAGGUUGUAUGGGUAACAGCAUUGGCGCCUUAUGUUGUGCUAUUCAUUUUGCUGGUGCGCGGCGUAUCGCUGCCGGGCGCUAUGGAGGGUAUUAGGUAUUAUCUGACGCCAGAGUGGCACAAGUUGCAGAACUCAAAGGUCUGGAUCGAUGCGGCCUCGCAGAUAUUUUUUUCGCUUGGACCCGGUUUUGGCACUUUACUAGCAUUGUCUAGUUACAAUAAAUUCAAUAACAACUGUUAUCGUGAUGCUUUGAUAACUAGCAGUGUUAACUGCUUGACAAGCUUUCUAGCGGGUUUCGUGAUAUUUUCUGUGCUAGGCUACAUGGCGCACGUACAGAAGACUUCCAUCGACAAAGUGGGUCUGGAAGGCCCCGGCCUCGUCUUCAUUGUCUACCCGGAGGCCAUAGCUACAAUGAGCGGCUCGGUAUUUUGGUCCAUUAUAUUCUUUCUCAUGCUCAUCACACUGGGUUUGGAUAGCACAUUUGGCGGUUUGGAGGCUAUGAUCACCGCGCUCUGUGAUGAGUAUCCACGCGCCAUUGGAAGACGUCGUGAAAUUUUUGUGCUGCUCCUCUUGGCUUGCAUCUACUUGUGCGCACUGCCGACUAUGACUUACGGCGGCGUGUUCUUGGUGAACUUCUUGAACGUUUACGGACCCGGUCUAGCCAUAUUAUUUGUCGUAUUCGUGGAAGCAGCGGGAGUCUUUUGGUUUUACGGCGUCGAUCGCUUCUCUGAAGAUGUGGAACAGAUGUUGGGCAUUAAACCAGGCAUUUUCUGGCGCAUCUGUUGGACUUAUAUCAGUCCGGUAUUUUUAUUGGGCAUUUUUAUAUUCUCCAUACUCGGCUAUGAAGAAAUGUUGGGCGAGGAGUACCAAUAUCCCGAAUGGAGCAUUAAAGUCGGCUGGGCCGUCACCUGCUCCUCGGUACUCUGCAUACCGAUGUACAUCAUUUACAAGUUCGUAUUUGCGUCCAAAGGUGAUUGUCGGGCGCGCUAUCGUGACGCCUUUAAAGUGCCACCGCAUUGUGGUUCGGUAUUGCCGGGCCAACAAGGCACCACAGUGUGACAUGA